UGUUUUAUGAGAUGUAAAUGCAAUGAUUGUUUCGAAACUUUGAUUAGAUUAUUUCGCGUAACUUCCUUUGGGGCGAUUCGCAUUUACACUAGUUCACAGUCAAGACUUUCCGCUGCGAUUGACCUCCAGGGUGCCUUAGUAUUGCUUUGAAGAAAAACAUCUGCUUCUGCAUAAUUUGUUUCGCUUGCUGAACAAGAUUAGAACUCUUCGAGAACUACAAAACUCUUUGGAGAAACGCUGAAAAUGUCUUCCUCGAGCUCUCAAGCUGUUGCAAGACAAAAAUUCACCUACCCUAUCGGCGAUACGUACGAUGGUGAAUGGAAUAACGACGGAAGAAAGCAUGGCAUCGGACAUCUUACUCUUGUCGACGGCACGAAGUACGUUGGACAAUUUCACAACGGGUUCUGCCACGGCCAUGGUGUGGCAAAAUUUCCGGACGGUUCCGUCUACGAGGGCGAGUUUGAAAACGGAAAAUACAGUGGCUUCGGGGCUUUCACACGAAACGAUGGAAUGCGCUUUGAAGGGAGGUUUCAAAACGGAAGGGUUGAUGGCGAGGGGGUGAUAACGUUUCCAGAUGGCAGCCAUGGGAGACCGAGACAAGAGGGAUAUUUCAUGGGGACAGAACUUGUAGAUAGACACCGAGCGACUGACACAGUUCUGAAAGCGCAACAGGCUGCUAAGAUCGCUCGAAGCAUCAAGAUUUGAAAAAAGAGCUAUUUCACAAACUUCACGUUUCGGAAAGUAGCCUAAUAGUUUAUGCUUCUAGUUCUCAAGAAACUUUUCUCAGGUUUUGAGUAGGAGAUUUUCAGUUGUGAAGUUUGCACCGUUUAUUUCUUCUGAAGUACAUGCUGGUAGAAAAGCCCAAGUCCAAAUAUUGUCAGGGAAACUUAUUUAAUAGCAAGAAGGAUCUAGAAUAUUAUUUUCCCUCCCCCAGUCACUGUACAACAGCUGCCAUGUAUUUAACUGAGAGAUCUAAUAAGGGGUGGGUAGUUUGACACAAGAUAUUCCCAAUGCAUUGUAUAAAGUAAGGUGGUGAUAACGUGGGUAUUCAUCUUUAUUUUCAUCUGAUCAGUCAUUUUGUAAUAACUUAGGUGUAAUACAUGAAAUAUGUGGUCA